UAUACUGUAGUUAUUUAUAAAAAUUUGUCAUUUUUUUCUCUAAAAAAAAACACCAAUUUUCAACAUUCUGCCGCCAAUUCUCGCCUGGUUGUGCGCAUUUUAUUGUAUGGCAACGCUGUUUUAUACGUAUCGAUAACACGCUAAUCAAGAUUUAACUAACACUGUAACAUUGAACAGUGCUAAUAAACGUCAGCAUUCUACAUAGUAUUCCCGCCAAUAUAUGUUUACAUACGCAUAAUACAAAAUUUGGGCUGUACCCAUUGUGAACAUAACAAAGAUUUAUUAAAUCGGAUAAAAUAAUUAUUAAGCAUGAGAAAAUGCAUACUUUGCCGCUUAGCCGCAGUCGAUGAGUUACGGCUAGGCAAACUAUACCUUCGUGGAGAGAUUGCAGUCCAUCAAAACUGUUUAUACUUGAGCUCGAAUCUAGUGCAACGGGGCAAUGGCCGCAAUGGUAUUCUGAACUUUACAUAUAACGACAUUCUAGCUGAAUCGGAACGCACCAAAUAUUUGCACUGCUGUUACUGCAACAGGAGAGGCGCCAACGUUGGCUGCUGUAAGAGCGGCUGCCGUCGGACUUUCCACACUUAUUGUGGCUUGGAGAACUGCUCUCAGAAUCAGUUUAUUGGCACAUUCAAAUCGUUCUGCAACAUGCACGUAAAUACGUACCCCGAGCGACCCAAGCACAAUGAUACCUGUGUAAUUUGCUUUGAAACGCUGAUCAAGAAAAAUCAUAGAUUCUGCUGCACCAAGUAUAUCUAUGGCAAGUGCUGCAAAAACGGUUGGUACCACAAGGAUUGUCUGCAGCGGUACGCCAAUUCGGCUGGUUACUUCUUUAAGUGCCCAUUGUGCAAUGAUACCGAGAGAUUCAAUUUGGUUGCUUUGUGGGGCAUUUCCGUGCCGAAUCGCGAUGCAUCUUGGGAGGAUAACGAUGCAUAUGCAGAUCAGCUGGUGCUACCCACAGACUGCACUGCCCGAAACUGUGCCAACGCAAAUGGACGCAAAGGCAGCAUGGAAACUUUAUUAUAUUGUAUAAUGUGCGGCUCGAAUCCGGUGCACACUGAGUGUACAUCGAUCAAGAACCAGGACUUUUGCUGCGAGGACUGCUCCGUCGUUUUGAACAGGCCAUUAGAGGUUUUUGAGUCUCAUGACGUCGAUGAUGAUGAGGAUAAUGAUGCUAAUGACAGUGAUGAUGAUGACAAUGAUAAUGAGGACUUUAAAAAUGAGAAGGAUAAUGUGAACAGCGCAGCUGCAGCGCCAACCGUAAUGCAGCCCAAUAAUGAACAACUGCGCACGCGCAACAUUCAACAAAGAGGCAUGGGCAAUCGUCGUACUCUCGCCGCUGAAACUGUGAGCACCCGUUUGCGCACUCGUUCGCGUUCAAGUCAUACUCGAUCUAGAUCGCCAGUAGGUGAACUGGUGGAGCGACGCUCCUCUCGAAAUCAUCGCCAAUCGCCAGACCGCGCCCAAAUGGAUACAAGUCCUUUAAUCUGGCGAGGACGACAGCGAUUGCGCUCGCGCAACACAGAGCGAGCUUAUCACACGCACACGCCCGCAGCAGCAGAGCCAGCAGCAGCAGCAGCACCAGCAGCCGCGAGCAAGAACAACAGUUUAUCAUAUUUGAGUGACCGGCGGCAGCAGCAGCAGCAGCAGUAG